AUGGCCGACGACGAACAACUAUCUAUUUACGACGAAAUUGAAAUUGAAGAUAUGACCUAUGAUCCCAACCUUCAAAUCUACCACUACCCGUGCCCCUGCGGCGACCGCUUUGAGAUUCCUAUCGAUUCGCUGCGAGAUGGCGAGGAAAUUGCUGUUUGUCCGAGUUGCAGUUUGAUGAUUCGGGUCAUAUUCGAUCUGAAUGAUUUGGUUAAGGAAGAAAAGAACGAGGACGUUUCUGCUCAGGUUGAGGUCAAAGCGUGA